AUGGCGUUCGUGCCCGAUUUGGACACACUGGAGAGCAGCAGCCUGAAUGAGGAGACAUUUUAUGGCCCCGACUGUCUCUGCCUGCAGAAGAAACCCCGCCUGGACUUGGAGGUGACAUUGCCCAGGGUGGGCGUCCAGGUGACAGUGACCAAGGGACACCCAGCCAGGACCUUUCGCCGGGUCGCCACCCUUGUGGUGGCUGUGACCAAGUUCCUGAAGCAGCCGGAGCAGAAGGACUUUGCUGAUAGUGACCUUGGGGGCUUCCUGGAUGAUAUUUUUGAGCCCGUCUCCUUCCAGCGGAUCGAGAGCAGCUACGCGGGGGCACCCGUCUACCGCUACACCCGCUCCCAGUCCUUCGACAUACUUGACAUUGACCACAAGUGCUUCGUGCUGGAGUCACCCACCCAGCUGGUGGCCCUGCACCUGCAGGGACCCUCCAUCAAGCGGAAAGUGAAGUUCAACAUCGCUCUGUACCGUCCCCGGUCAUCGCAGGGUGGCCCGGCCACCGGGGGGGUGCCGGUGGCAUUGGGCAUCAAGGGCUACCAACUCUACAUGUCGUGUGUGAUGAGCGGUACUGAGCCCACGCUGCAGCUGGAGGAAGCUGACAUCAGGAGGGACAUCGAGAGCGUGGAGCUGACCCGCUUCAUCUUCUACCGCCUGGACAGCCCAACCGAGGGGACCACCCGCUUUGAGUCGGCCGCCUUCUUCAUCUGCACCUCCCUGCAGCCCCGCCAGCCUGUCGGCAUCACCAACCAGCCCGACCAGGUCAACAUUGCCACCUACGAGCUGAGCGGGCGCUGA